AUGUCGAACGAAGGACAGAACCUGCUAAGCAUUCCGAAAUUUGACGGCGAUUAUGAUCAUUGGAGAUUGUUGAUGGAAAAUCUCCUUCGGUCGAAAGAAUGGUGGCACCUGAUUGAGCCUGGCUACGUUGAGCCGGCGGCAGGCGUAAGAGAGACAGASGCGGAGAAGACUGCACGAGAGCAGUUGAAGCUGAAAGAUUUAAAGGUAAAAAACUAUCUUUUUUCAGCAAUCGAUAAGAAUGUUCUGAGGACUAUUCUGCAGAAGGAGACCUCUGCACAACUUUGGGAGUCUUUGAGGAAAAAAUACCAAGGUAAUGCRAAGGUAAAGAGAGCUCACCUACAAGCCCUCAGAAGAGAAUUCGAAGUAUUAGAGAUGAMAGAUGGAGAAACUAUAACCGAUUACUUCUCGAGAGUAAUGCUGGUGGUAAACAACAUGAGCAACAAUGGAGAAGUAAUGCGGGAAUCACAGAUUGUAGAAAAGAUUUUGAGAACUCUCACGGAGAAGUUUAACUACAUCGUGGUGUCCAUUGAAGAGUCCAAAGACAUCGCUAGUCUCUCCGUUGAUGAGCUUCAAAGUUCGUUGGUGGUUCAUGAACAAAAAUUCAGGAAGAAGGUUAAGGAAGAAGAACAUGUGCUGAAGGUGACUCAGGAAGAAGGAUUCGGAAGAGGUCGAGGUCGAAAUGCAAGUGGAAGCUAUAGGGGUCGAGGAAGACGGAGACCUUCACCAGGAAAGGCUGCCGUGGAGUGCUAUAGAUGUCACAGACUGGGACAUUWUCAAUUCGAGUGUCCAGAGUGGGGAAGAAGGGCCAACUUUGCAGAAAUGGAUGAAGAGGAGGAGGAGCUUAUGCUUAUGGCAUAUAUUGAACAUCAAGGUAGUUCAAUUGAGGAGUUUUGGUUCUUGGAUUCAGGCUGUAGUAACCACAUGAGUGGCAACGAAGAAUG